AGAACCCCUGCAACCGACUAGGGGCGACCUCCUGUCGUGUGCUUCAGAUCGGCAAUUUCGACUUCAUUCAACAACAUCAGACACCCUUAAUGUUGCCUCGUAGAGCAGCUGGCCUGAUGAGCGUUACUUCGCUUUCCUUUUUAGCAAUUUGCUGAUUGUUCUCGUCGUUUUCACCACACUCCUUUGAGAUUUUGGCAAUAAUAUUUACAUCCCGCAUCGGUUUCAGCGUCCUCGUUUCCCGAGACAACCUAACCCACAGCCAUCUCGAUCCGAACUAUUCACGACCAGACUCGUCCUCCCUUCUCCCCACAAGCCGACGGCACCAAUUCGCCCACCAUGGCGCCAACUCAAGAACAACGGUACGACCACGUGCCGCCAAUACCGACCUACGAUGAAGCCGUCGCGGGCGGCAGCGCCUGGCACCACGACGUCGCCGACUCCCCGAUCGACCAAAACCAACACACAACCGAAGCCGAAGCCGAGGGCCAAUCGCUGCUGACCGGCUCCUCCCGACACGCCUUCGAAUCCUCCACCCCGAGCCACCGCCAGCAACAACAACCCGCGCAGGGGGGCCGACGACCCCGCGGCUACCGCGCCCCGACCGUCGAGACCGACGACGAGAGCAACCUGUUCAGCUCCGACGCCGACUCGGACUCGGACUCGGACGACGCGCGCGAGGCCGACCAGGUGCGCCGCGAGAUGCAGGAGCUGGAGAUCGACGACUCGGACGUCCACGGCCGCGGCGGCCGCUCCUCCUGGGGCAAGCGCAUCGGCCUGGCCCUGCCCCAGUGGCGGCGGUGGAAAUGGAGGUGGCGACUGCCUGCCCUGCGGCGGCCGGGGGCUACCGCCGGUGGGGCUGGGGCUGGUGGGAGUGGAGGGGCUGGUGUGGCGCCGACGCCGGAGGAGGCGCGCGCGUCGUCGUCGGGCUCGUCGUCGUGGUUUGCGCGCGCGCGCAUACCGUCGCUGCCCAAGUUUGGGAGUCCGGCCCUGCUGCUGCUGAUUGCGCGGACGAUGGCGGUGUUUGUGGUGCUGGGCGUUUUGUACUUGGUGUUCUCGAGCGACCUGUUCAACAACAUGGCCCGCCGCAUGGGCAGCCAGAUCUUCGACCCCGAGAGCGUGCGCAGCCAUGUGCAGAAUACUGUCGACGCGAGGAGGAUACGCGACCACCUGAAGCACUUUACGAGCUACGCGCAUAUUGCCGGGACGGCUGGCGACUUUGCGCUGAUGGAGGAUACCGAGAUGCUGUUCAGGAAAUACGGGUUGGAAGAUGUCCGGCGGGACGUGUAUGAGGUUUACCUGAAUUACCCCAAGGCCGGGGGCAGGGCGGUGGAGAUUUUGGGAAAGGGGGGCAAGGUGGCUUGGGCAGCGAAAUUGGAAGAGGAGGAAGCCGGUGGCAGGAGUACAGGGCGCCAGACUUUUGCGUUCCACGGACACUCGAAAUCCGGCGAUGUCAAAGGGCGGCUGGUGUACGCCCAUUACGGGCUGAGGGAGGACUUCCAGCUGCUCAAGGACCGUGGCGUCAACUUGAACGGGGCAAUCGCGCUCGUGAGGCAUUACGGGCCGCAAGAGGACGUCGCGUUGAAGGUCAUGGCGGCGGAGCAGGCUGGGGCCGUGGGCUGCAUUACAUACAGCGACCCCGCGGACGACGGCUUCUUGAAGGGUACGACGGCACCCAAGGGCCGGUUCAUGCCGGCCGAUGGUGUGCAGAGGGGGAGCGUCAGCUUGCUGAGCUGGGUUGUCGGAGACGUUCUGACGCCCGGCUGGGGCAGCAAGGAUAACUUACCGCGCAUGAAGUUGGAUCAAACGAAGGGCCUCGUCAAAAUCCCCAGCCUCCCUCUGGCGUGGCGCGAUGCGCAGGGCCUACUUCAGCGUCUCAAAGGGUCCGGGGAACGAGUUCCCAAGGAAUGGGUCGGUGGGGUCCCCGAUGUGGGCGAGUGGUGGACCGGGAACGGCUCAUCGCCGAUUGUGCGCCUGAAGAACGUGCAAGACGAGGUUGAGAAGCAGCCGAUCUGGAACGUGUAUGGCAGGAUCGCAGGAAUCGAGCAGGGCGAGAAGAAGGUCAUCAUCGGCAACCACCGCGACUCCUGGGCGUUCGGCGCGGCAGACCCCCACUCGGGAACCGCCAUCAUGUUGGAAAUCGCCCGCAUCAUGGGUGAACUUGUCGCUCACGGCUGGCGCCCGCUACGAACUAUUGAAUUUGCCUCGUGGGAUGCCGAGGAGUACAACUUGAUAGGGUCAACAGAGUACGUCGAGCAGAACGACGAGGCGCUGCGCCGAGAUGCGCUCGCCUACAUCAACCUCGACAAGGCCGUAUCUGGCGACACUUUCCACGCCGCCGGGUCACCUGUCUUCCGCAAGCUUCUCCUCCAAAUCUUAAAUCGCGUUGCCGACCCCCAUUUCAACAGUACGCUACGGGAACGCUGGGAUCAGCGCAAGGGCGAGAUCGAGGGUCUCGGCACCGACUCUGACUACGUCCCUUUCCAGGACAUCGUCGGCACCUCAUCCCUCGACAUCCACUUUGAUGGCGGCAAAUUCCCCCACCGCUCCAGCUACGAAAACUUCGAGUGGAUGGACAAUGUCGGCGACCCGGGCUUCAUCUACCACGCCCUCCUCGGUCAGGUCCUGGGCCUCCUGGUCCUCGAGCUGUCCAACCGCCCGAUCAUGCCCUUCGAUAUGCCCGCGUACGCCAACAACCUGGGUCGCUGGGUCCGAGAGCUCCAAUCCUGGGCCAACCUGCGACCCGAGAAGACUCCCUCUUUCGACGCCCUCAAUACCGCAGUCAAGUCCGUGGUAAGGUCGGUCCGCGAUUUCAUCAAGUGGGAGACCAACUGGGAGAGCAGCCUGCUCGCGUCCAGCGGGUGGGAGCCAUCGGGGUUGGGGAGCCGGCGGUGCGAGUACAACACCCGCAUGGGGAAGUUUGAGACGGAUCUCUUGGACCUCGAGGGGAUACCCGGUCGCACGCAGUUCAAACACGUCGUGUUCGGCCCGCAGGCCUGGUCCCGCGACCCCGAAGCCUACUUCCCCGCCAUCCGGGACGCCAUCAUCUCGGGCAACGAGACACUGGCGCAACUAACCGUGGACAAGGUCGCCGAGAUUUUGACGCAGGCGAGUGCGAACUUGGCGAAAUAAGACCGGUCCACCCACCCACUCGCUCACACUACGGUGUAUCUCCUUUUUCUUUUAUUCGCAAUCAUAUUUAAACAGCUCCAGGAUAGGAGCUUGGGAGGAGGACAAACAAGGAGAGGGGAGGAUCUGUUGCCAUCUUUUUUUUUCUUGCAUCGCAUCGGCGCACCGGGUUGCUUUCGUCAAGCUUGCACUUUACCUGCCUGCUUGCCUUUCGGGCCCUCGCCGGCCAUCACACAUUUCCUUUUUGGGUUGUUGGAAGAUGUCGCCUCGUCGCGCUUCGGGUUGU